UGCACAGUGCGCGGGCUGAGGAGCGGCUGCAGCCCUGCCUGGACUGCGCUGUCACCACCAUUCUCUGGGAACUCACCUGGCACCAUGACAUCACUUCCCUCUGGCUGGACCCUGCGGCUCCUGGGGACCCUGGUACUCAUGCUGCUGCCCGGGGGAGCUCUCAGUUAUUGUGUUGAUCCACCUGACAUUCCCAAUGCUGUUCGGAAGACUAAUGUUGGCACAUUGAUUCCAGCCGGGAUGGUGAUUAAAUAUGGCUGCCACCCAGGUUAUAAGCUGAUCGCUGGAAUUAGGCAAGGGCUUGUUACUUGUCUUGAAAAUUCGACAUGGUCUUCAGCUCCGAACUUUUGUCAGAAAGUUCGUUGUCCAGCUCCAGAUGUUAACAACGGAACACAGACACCGAUGCCUAGACCUGGAGAGGAGACCUAUGCGUUUGGGGACAGAGUUACAAUUGAAUGUGAUUUUGGGUAUGAUCUCAAAGGCAGUAUCAACGGAAAUGCUCAGAUUAGCUGCAAACAUGAUGGCACAUGGGAUCCUGCUGUACCAGUUUGUGAACCAGUUUGUGCUCAACCCUUGAACAUCUCCCACGGCCAGUACAAUGACUGGGGCAAGAGAGUUUUUGUUGUUGGCUCAUCGGUAACUUACAAAUGUGACAGAGGCUUCUCACUUGUUGGAAAAGCCUCCAUUGAGUGUAUCGCUGGUGAUGAGGUCACUCCAACCUGGAGCGAGCCUACCCCUCAGUGCGAAGAGACUCAGUGUCCAGUCCCACAUAUUCAACAUGGAAGCCUGAAAUCUCCACUUCCACAUAACUAUACACACAGAAGCAAUGUCACGUUUCAGUGUGAUCCUGGUUACAUCCUCAGGGGCCAUGAUAACAUUCAAUGCCAAGCUGAUGGCAAGUGGUAUCCGCAGCUACCCGUUUGUGGCCCAGGGAGAUGUUCCUACCCGCCAGUACUUGCGUACGCUCACAGAAGUGAUCAGAGAGAGUUUCUAGUUGGUACCGUAGUGACCUACUCCUGCAGACGAGGUUACACACGCAUCCCUGGAGUAUCUCCUCAUGUGACUUGUCUUACAAAUUUUACGUGGUCUAAGGUCUCAGAACUAUGUCAGAAAGUUCGUUGUCCAGCUCCAGAUGUUAACAACGGAAUACAGACACCAAUGCCUAGACCUGGAGAGGAGACCUAUGCGUUUGGGGAUAGUGUUACAAUUCAAUGUGAUUUUGGAUAUGGUAUCAAAGGCCGUAUCAAUGGAAAUGCUCAGAUUCACUGCAAACAUGAUGGCACAUGGGAUCCUGCCGCACCAGUUUGUGAACCAGUUUGUUCCCAACCCCCAAACAUCUCCCAUGGCCAGUACAAUGACUGGGGCAAGAGAGAUUUUGUUGUUGGCUCAUCAGUAACUUACAAAUGUGACAGAGGCUUCUCACUUGUUGGACAAACCUCCAUUCAGUGUAUCUCUGGUGAUGAGGUCACUCCAACCUGGAGCAAGCCUACCCCUCAGUGCGAAGAGACUCAGUGUCCAGUCCCACAUAUUCAACAUGGAAGCCUGAAAUCUCCACUUCCACAUAACUAUACCUACAGAACCAGUGUAACGUUUCAGUGUGAUCCUGGUUACAUCCUCAGGGGCGCUGAUAAAAUUCAAUGCCAAGCUGAUGGCAAGUGGUAUCCGCAGCUACCCGUUUGUGACCUAGGGAGAUGUUCCUACCCGCCAGUACUUGCGUACGCUGACAGAAGCGAUCAGAGAGAGUUUCUAGUUGGUACCGUAGUGACCUACUCCUGCAGAGCAGGUUACAUACGCAUCCCUGGAGUAUCUCCUCAUGUGACUUGUCUUACAAAUUUUACGUGGUCUAAACUCUCAGAACUAUGUCAGAAGACUCGUUGUCCAAAGCCAGUGGUUGAAAAUGGAAAACAGAUCUCUCUAGUGAAAACUGAAUAUACAUAUGCCAACCGUGUUGUGUUUCAAUGUGAUCCUGGCUACAUCCUCCGAGGCAGUGAGGGGAUUGUGUGCCGGAGCGAUGGGAUGUGGCACCCUCCAGUACCAUUUUGUGAUAAAUCCUGUGGCCGACCUCCAACUCUCAUGAACGGGCUGCACAAUGGUGGGAUGAAGGAAUAUUUCCCCUAUGAAUCACAAGUGACCUAUAGCUGUGGAGACAGUUUAUCACUGAUUGGAGAGUCCUCCAUUUAUUGCACAUCUGAUGGGGUAAAUAUGAUGUGGAGCGGACCUGCCCCGCAGUGCAAAGUGGUUCGCUGUCCGAGGCCAGAGGUUGGAAAUGGAAGAGUGACGACUACAAGGCAAGCAUUCACAUACGGUGUCACUGUUCGGUUCUCUUGCCCGGAAGGCUACCUGCUCCAUGGCAGUCGAGUGAGUCAGUGUCAGGAUGACAACACCUGGAAUCCUCCUGUGCCAAGCUGUCAGCCAGUUCAGUGUUCAAAGCCAGACGUGCAGAAUGGAAGAAUGGCCAAUGCAUUAGAUGAGAAAAUGUGGUACAACGUAAAUGAAAGCAUUACUUUCAAAUGCUCUCCUGGGUACCAAUUUUCAGACCAUUGGUACUUGCCUACAACAGACAGCUUUAGUAUUACUUGUUCAGCCAACGGCAACUGGACAGCAUUACCCAAAUGUAAAAAGCAAAGCAAUACUGAAGAAUGUGCAGGAGCACGUGAGAGUAAAGAGUUUCUCCAUUGUGAUGUGCCUCUGACGGAACUGAGAACCCUGCUGGAACUGAAGAAACUGUAUCUGGAGAUUCAGAAACUGAAGCGGGAGAUUAAAAAAUUGUAAUGACUAGCUGAAAUCUGUGAUCCUAAUUGUGUUAGGAAAGUGAAAGCAAGUAGAGGAACUAGAUUGAACUGUAUGAACUGAAGGUUUAUUUUCAUACAAGCUUCAGACUCUGUGCAGCUGGAAAUUUACAGCAACAACCUUCAGCUUUGCCAUAAUUGCUGCUUACAUUUAGCUUUUAUGCAUUGUAACACACUCAUUCACAGUGGGUGUAUGGCCAUUCUACUGUCUGAUUUACAUUAACCUUAAGGGCAGUGAUGUUCAUAACUCCCUGUGCACCACUGAAAAUCUAAGGGAUAGCAAAGCAAUCUUCCCUGUCCUCUGGAUUUAAACUCAGCCCAGCAGACUUUCUUCCCAGUCUGACCAGAUCUAGUUUUGAUUGAUACCAGUGUUAUUACCCGAGGCAUUUUUAUAUCUAAUCACACUCAAGAGUAGAUGGUAGAAAUUUAACUGUAGAGAAACAGCCUGCUAAGCCAUUUUCCCAUUGCCCAAUAAAUUGACCUAUACCUUUUGUGAUCAAGUCAUUAUUCCUGCAUUCCAGGGCUACAAUAAAAUGCAGUUGUUAUAA